AUGAUAUUGUGGGGGGGUGUCUCACUGUUGUUUUGGAUAUGUCUUCAGAAAUCUAUCAACCAGUGGAGAGGGACUAUCACUCUACAGUACAGGUAGGAGACUACCUGUACAUGUGGGGUGGGUUCCAGCCUGAUCUCCCUGGAGUACACAAUAAUGAGGAGAAGAAAUCAUUCUGUUCUGUAGUGGAGGUGUGCCACCUACCAACUGGUAUGUGGGUACAAAAGCCUACCACUGGUGACCCUCCACUUGGUGUUGGGGGAUAUGCUGCUGCUGUCAUUAGAAAUGAAAUAUUCUUUUUUGGAGGCUAUUGUGGUCACGAUGAAUGUUUUCAUAAUAGUUUAUACAGUUUUAAUGUUGAUACCUUCAAUUGGAAGGAACUCUCUCCUACUACAUCUCAUCAUGGUCCUAUGAUGAAGUUCACCUCCAGCAUGAUAGCAAUAAAAGUGAACAGUGAGGACUAUCUUGUAGUAAUCGGUGGACGUGGACCAUCUUCUAAUAAUACUCCACCACAACCUGGUGCCCAGUACAGUAAUGGACGUUGCAAUGAAGUACAUAUGUACAGAUUAAAAACUGGUGAAUGGACUUCACCAACUGUCACUGGAGACAGACCACCUCCUAUUAAUGACUUCCCUUUAACAUCAAUAACUAAUACCACUGCUAUAUUGUUUGGUGGUAGUAUUGGUCAUAAUAGCUACAGCAAUGAUGUAUAUUCAUGA